AUGGUGGCACUUCGCGACGGCUCAAAGGCGCAGGGUGAACUUGGAGAUGAUUCGGAUUUGAUCACGCCAGACCCCACGGAAACAACCCAUCUUCUGGCUACGGGCGUCGAAGGGAACGACAAUAUUGUCACUGCAGGCGGUGUCAAAGGUACCAAUGGGGGCUGGGAUGGUCUGGCUGACUUUGAAGGAUUGCCCUGGUGGCGACGGCCAUCGGUAUUUUGGUUGCUGGCGCCGUAUUCAGUCUUUACUCUUGCUUUUGGAAGUGUCAUUGUACCAAAGUUGAAUUUGAUUCUCGGCCUGGUAUGUCAGCAUUAUUUUGCAAGCCAAAGCCAUCUGCAUCCGGAUCUACGAGUCAACCCCAUCACCAUCGGUGCCGACAACCCUCAAUGCAGAAAUCCAGAGGUUCAGAAACGCGUCGCGACCUUCAUGCUGGUCAUGAACUUUUGCACUGGUUUGCUCAGCGCCUACGCUGCCCCUCGGCUUGGACACUUAUCCGAUAGAUAUGGUCGUCGGCGAUUACUUGCUCUGGCAUCCUGUGGUGGAUUGCUAGGCGAAAUCAUAACCAUUCUCGCCGCCAAAUUUCCCGAGACUGUUGAUUAUCGUUGGUUGAUCCUUGGAUCCGUCUUCGAUGGGAUGACCGGUUCCUUCACGGCUGGAAACAUUCUGACUCAAUCAUAUGCUAGCGACUGCACACCGCCAUCCAGACGUGCUGUGGCCAUUGGCUAUAUUCAUGCCUGUCUCUUCACAGGCUUGGCCGUGGGCCAGCUCUUGGGCGGAGAAAUCGUCAGGUUGACAGGAAGCUUGGUCUCAAUAUUCUACGUCUGCCUCGCGGCUCACUCCUUUUUCAUCGUGUUUGUCGCAUUUGUUAUCCCUGACUCAUUGUCUAAGAAGAAGCAGCUGGCCGCUCGCGAGAAGCAUCGCAAGGAAGAGGGGGAGCGCAGAGCACGACGGACAUCUUGGUUUUCGUCGGUACAGGAGAGAAACCCAUUCUCGUCUCUCUCUGUUCUGUGGCCCCGGGGUCGAGGAACCUCGACAAGACUUCGCCUCAACCUCGUAGCCUUGGCCACUUGCGAUAUGAUCAUUAUGGGAACCGCCAUGGCCGCCGGUCAGGUGAUCAUACUUUAUGCUGAGUAUGUGUUUGGCUGGCAGACUCCCGAAACCUCGCGCUUCGUCGCCGCCGCUUCCUUCUUCCGGGUUAUUGUUCUGAUGGGCAUCUUCCCGCUCAUCAACUACUUCUUUCGAAUCCGCCCUGCUGCCAAGAGAAGACGGGAAUCUGGCAUCACUCCUGUGGAUAAGAACAGCGGGGCCGACCAUUUGGACAUAUGGAUUCUCCGUAUUGCCUUACUUUCGGACAUUUUGGGGUAUAUCGGGUACACCUUUGCCAGGGCCCCCCUGCCUUUUGUCGCCUCUGCCCUUGUGACUGCGUUCGGCGGGCUUGGAAGUGCAACUAGUCAAUCUGUUGUUACGAAGCACAUUCCUCAUGACAAGGUUGGCAGAGUUCUUGGUGCAAUUGGCAUGCUCCAAGCUCUGGUCAGAGUCGUUGGGCCUGUGACAUUCAACGGUCUAUACGCUGCGACGGUCGGUAGCUAUCCACAGGCUAUUUUCGUCGCUCUUGCUGGUCUAUUCUCGUUUGCUUUGCUCUGCAGCUUUAUAAUCACGCCGUUUGUUCAUUGGCACGAGGACCAUGAAGAAGAGGAGGAGCGUGAGCCGCUCAAUGGAACUGCAUCACAAGCAGUUGGCCCUGCUGGUACUGGUUUUCCUUGCGAUGAGGAUGAAAUUCGGUACUGA